AUGUCGCGACGAUUCGUUUGCAUUCUCCUAACGAUCAGCCUUGUUUGCCGUGCACUUGCCGACCGUAAUGAAUUCGCGAGUAUCGUACGCACGAGAAAUUCUCUGAAAGCAGCUCGUCCGAAGAGCAACGACAGCCUGGAGGAAAGUUUGGAUAAGCAACCGCGAACAACGAGUCAUCGGCUGGAAUCGGACUUGAGAGAUAAGUCGAAUAUGAACAGAUAUCAGGAGAAAUUGAAACUUGCAAGUUCCAGUUGCUGUGGACCCAGAUACGAUUCGAACUCGUCCACGCGACCUGAUGCCCGUUACAACAGGAUCCCUGUGGACAGCAAUCGAUACUCGGUGAAAUUUGGCGAUCGUUUACCCGUCGAUAGAUACGGAUGGCAAACGCAAGGACAACCGGCAGGUUCGAGCGGAAGCACUGGAAGGCCAGGGGCCGGAUUCUACGAUGGGAGUCACGCGGGAGAGAGAUUUGGUUCUCGACCGAGUUACACUACCGAUAGUCCACGCAAACCAAACGGUUAUGGGAACACCGGUUACGGAGGAUACGGUUUCAACCGACCGAGUAAUUACGGAGGGUCAAUUGGUUACGGAAUUUCAGGUUCUUUCGACAACGGUGAAGAAUUUGGACCUGGAGAGCCGAAUUAUCCGGAAGAGAAUGCUCCCUCGCGUCCGAAUAUUCAAACGCAAAAGGCUGUAGCUUUAAAGGCACUAGCUGGUGUGGCUUUAAUUGGAGCAGCAGCUGCUCUCGCAACGAAUCCCGUGCUUCUACCAAUUGGUGUUGUAUCAGGCAGGAAGAAACGAUCCAGUAUGUCUAACAAAGAUAGAGAUGCGUAUAUGGACUAUAUUUUAACCUUCUUGAAAAAUAACAUCACAAAGAAUUACAACGUGGAGGAUGAAAGGAAAAUGUCUUUUUCUCCAGCGUGCAUCGCUAGGCUUACAUGUGAGAUCGAGAAAGAUUACUGGUUCAAUCUGAGGAAGGGGAUCAAUUUCUCUAAGGAGAAACCAGCACUGGAACGUCGCCUUGUCGAUCGGAUUUCCAAUAAUAUUCCCAAUGAAGAAUUUGCGAACACGCGUAUUAGAAAAUUAAUAAAAGCGGCAACGACUGUUGCUGCAAGCGGGAAAAGUUGCAACGUGUUUACGUGUACACUUGUGAAAGCUACGGAGACUGAACGACCCGUCAUUUUCAAAUUUUAG